UACCUUGAGUCGUCUGAGGAUGCACCUGCUAACGGCAAAAGCAGCCAAACAGCAGCAGCUGCAGAGGAAGAGGAGGCUGUCCAUAUAGAGAAGUCUCAACCUCCUUUGGAGGAGGUGGAAAAAGACACUUCUGGGACAGACCAGACGAUGAAGUUCACAGAGAAGAGGGCUGGUGAAGACCAAGCUUUGGGAGAAAACGCCAGCAAAGACAGCAUCAGAAGCCAUGAGCCUAGCGCUGCUGUUUCCCACUCUUCAGCUGCACAAGACGCCAAAGCAGAAGCAGUCAUGGAUACAGACAUGAGGGAAACAUCUGCUGAUAAAACUGUCACAGAGACAGUAGGAGACAAUAACGGAGUCAAUCUAUCUGAAGCAGGAAAGGACAAGGCUGCAGGUGCCCAAGAGACAAAGGCAUCUGUCUCUAAUGGCAGAGCAGCUUCCAUGGAGACGGCCAUGCCAGAGCUACCUAAGGUCACUCAACAAAUGGUUAACGCGUUGCUUGUAGAGUGCCGAACAAGAACCGGCAGCCAUCCUAACAACGUAGAAGCUUCCACCUGUGGCGUGAAGGGGGAAACACAAACAGAGACAGAGCAGGACAAAAAAUCAGCAGAGGGGACAAAAGAGGCGGCCAAGAGCCACACAGAGGAGGAGGAGGACACACCCAUGGAGGUUGCCAUAGAAACAGCUGUAUCGGAUGCCACAGCGACUCUGCUCAAGUCUGAUCAACAAGUUUCAGAGUCUGAACCCGUCUUUAGGUCUUAG